UGGAUUACGCAAUGCAGCAAGAGAGGGAAGAGUACAUUCGUCAGUGUGACCUGAUGAAUAAGAUGGGCUAUUGGCUUAUGCGCUUUAAUGGAUCAUCCGCUUCAGGUGGCUAUGAUCCUCCUUUCUUACUAUAAACUCUCGGAUCUUGGUUGGAGGUCCCAAACAUAUGCAAAAGACUAGUACACCGAUUUCUUCCUUCUUUUACCCCAACUAUUGGAGGAGUCUUGAGAUGGCUAUAUGGAGCUACAGGCUUCUGAAAGAGGCUAUAAGACACAUUGAGACUUUCUUCUGACUAGCAAUGUCAGAUUUGAAUAUUUCUAAUGAUUUGCAGAGGCCAAUCAUCCCAAUCAAGCUUUUACUGAGUCCUAUUCUAAAGAUACUCCCCAAUAUGACUAAAACCCUUACUUUGAGCUAUUUUAGACUUGUUGGGAAGCAGACGAUCAAGAUUUUCAGAGGCAUCUCUACACUUAAAAAUCUUAAAUUUUGUUGUUGCGAGUUUCGAAAAGUCGAGACUAGCUCCAAGCCGGGAAGAGAAAUCACACUCAAAGAAGUAUCCUUUGAAAGCUGAAUGGUAGAAUGACCUGUUGUGUUAUCAGUAUAUGAUGAGUCUUUACUGGGGCUGGUACAAAUUUUGAACUUACCCUGGGUCAGGAAGAAGUUGGAAACAGUCUUUGUGAAUUUGGAUAUUGAUGAAGAGGGAUUUGAAGAGGUCAAGGGCUUUGUAGAGGGGAAUGGGCCUUGUGAUGUGGCUUAUAGGCUAGAAGAUUUUGAAACGAAGAGAGUGUACGAAAUAGGAAGGAGAUAA